AUGAGGGAAGUUAAUUUCAGCAUACCCAAUGUGAACAAGGCCUCGGUCAACAUCACAACCACGCUUUACGAUCGGCGUGCCCUCGAUUGCACUUCUACGCUACCUCUUAUCAACUCCCUCAAUCAUCUCGCCUAUCUCACCACAUCCUCGGCUCGAAUCCGGGACAUCCUCACCGUCGACGGUGGCAUUGAACGCUUGGUAUGCAUUCUCAAGGAAGGCAGGAGCAAGGAUGUGAUGGAAAUGUGGAAAUGGAGCCUCGCCUUUCAGUGCGUUGUCAAUAUCGGGGUUCGGGGAUCGGAGAGCGUAAGGACGAGAGUUGUCGAAGCCGACAUGGUACCGGUUAUUGCUACCCUCCUGGACAAUUAUAUUAAAGUGAUGGAGAAGGUGCGCGCGCGUACCGACCCGGAGCCACAAAGGCAUGCCUCGAGGACUCUCAAGCCCUCUGGGGCUGCUAAUGACACCAUUGGGCGAACUUCGCUCGUUGAUCCUCUACCCAACGUUGAGCAGCACCCGUCUCGCCGACAUCUCCCUCCCAGCAUCGAAAUACCCCAGCAAUUCUUACAAAACAACAGCGCUGCAGAUGCCAAUGCCAUGGAAAAUUCAUCAGUCCCCCGUAUGUCGAUGACUUCCCCUCCAGAACAAGGCACUUCUGGUCAGGAGGUGCACAAUCAUCGACCAAACAAUGCCCACUAUCAAUCCACAAGUCGUCGUUUCAGAGCUCUUCAGCCCUUAUCUACUGCUAUGCCUCCCAUGGAUACCGCUGACGGGUUCGGCUUGCGACCCGUCCACGACACUGAAAGGAUUCCCAGUAUGCUCCCCAGGCUGCAGACUGGUCUAGCAUCUCAACCCGAGUCCCCAACCACUCCAAGCGGCCCUUCACAAACACGGAGCAUUCCGCAGGCUACUAUUCGAAGACCACGGCCUGUAAUCAGCCAGCGGCCGUCCACCUCCGCCGAAUCUGAUGAUGCGAACGGCGACGAUUCCGCUGCCACAGGCGAUGAUAAUGUUACGGGAGAAGUAGCCGAACCAAUUGUCGGUCUUCAGAACCAGAUGGAUAUUGAUGGCGUCGGAAAUAGACAGGCCUUGCUGGAUGAUGUGACAGGUACGCACGGUUUGACAGUGACCGAUCCAUCUGAAGGGCAGGAUGAGGAGGGCUUUAAUAUCACCCACCAUUCUACUGUAGAUGCCAGUAUCGUCAAUAAUGCUGCCACAACGCAGGCGGAUGGCACAUUGGGUCUUUCUCCUAACCAGACCCCCAACAACCAGAACUCACCGUCUCUUGUUCCAAACCUCCAUACACUUUACCUCCGCGACCGUUCCGCCAUCUCGACCCAGAGUGUUCUGACAAUGAUGCCACGGGAUGAAGAUGUGUUGAUGUCCCUCCAGCUCCUGGCCUACGUUUCCAAGUACUGCAAUCUUCGCUCCUAUUUCCAACGCUCCCACUUUGUUCCCAAACUCAAAAUCGACCGGGAACUUCAAAUGUUGGACGAGGCUAGCAGUUCUUCGUCUCAAUCCGAGCCGAUCAUGGAAGAAGAAGACGAAUAUCUACUGCCUGACGACAUUAAUAUCUUUCCAUUGGUCGAGAAGUUCACGGUCAGGCACCAUUCUAAAGACAUGCAGUACUGGGCAUCUAUUGUUAUGCGAAAUCUCUGCCGCAAGGACGAGUCUCGAGGUGGGAUUCGCCAAUGUGCCUAUUACAAGUGCGGGAAGUGGGAGGAGUUCCAACGGCAGUUUGCGAAAUGCCGCCGUUGCCGCCGCACAAAGUAUUGCAGCAAGGACUGCCAGAAAGCAGCCGGCGUUACCAUUUAA